GAGUAAUUGGUUUUUUCGCGCUUGCGCAAUGAGCUUCUCUACUCAUCUUCCAUCUCUCUCCUUCAUUUGAAGAAAACACAGUUCAAGCUUCUACUCAACGAAGACCUAACAACAAAUUCAGUUUAUGGAAGGGGGUAAGCAACAAUCUUCUGAAGACAGUUAUCCAAUUGAUGUAAGUGAUCCUAAAUAUGUAUCUGGUCUUAGUGCCAUACUUGUUGCAACAAUUGAGGAGGCGAAAGAUAGGAUUUCCCAGAUUGAAUAUAUUUUCUGCAAACAGUUAUUCCCUGAUUUCCAGUCAAAAUCAAGAAGUUUGCAGAAGAUAUAUUCGGAAGCUAAAAGAGCUGCAGAAGAUGUGUUUAAGGAGAAGGAAAAGGAUUUACUGAUCCAAAUCGAAAGACAUCACGUGGAAAUGAAAUCAGUCGUUAAGAAAAAUAAUGAUCUUGAGUUAGAGAAGAAAAGGCUGAUGGAUAGUGAAGAUAAUCUAAAGAAAAGGGUUCUCGAGCUUCAAGAAAUGGCUGACGAAAGGGAGAAGUGUAAUGAGAUUGAAUUUAAUAUACUCCAAGAGAAGAGCAAUAAAGAAUUAGAGGUUAAAUUGUUAGAUAUUCAUCAAAAUCUUGCAAAUAAGUCCAGAGAAGUUGAUGAAGGACUGGAUAUGCAGAAGAAAUUGGCUCAGAUGGUCCAAGCGAAAGCAAGUUUUAUUCUUCAAAAGGAGAAACAGUUGAAAGAACAGGAAAGGAUGAUACAUGACCUUAUCUCCAAGAAUGAAACUUUCAAAAGAACCUGCAAUAAUCUGGAAGAACAUCUCAAGGAAAAGAUUGAACAAGUAGAGAAGGGGCAGGUGUUACAAGAAAAUUUGGCCAAGCAAAUCGACUUGCAGAUUUUGAAGAUGAACAGUGGUGAAAAGUUACUAAGUAGGAAUAAUGAAGAAAAUGAACUACUCAGAAACAAAGUCCAGAAUUUGGAGGAAAGCAUGAGUAUGCUCCGUGAGGAACAUGCAAAUAAGAUUAAAGAACAAUUACAUGCUUCUGAAGAGAGAGUGCAGAAGCUCCAGGUCAGUCUAAAGGAGACAAGCAACGAGUCAUCUGAAGGAAUAGAAUUGCAUAGGAUGUUACUCCAGCAGAUAAAAGCAAAAGAUGCCGAGAUACUUUCUGAGAAGAAAAGAAAUAAGGAACUCACCUCAUGUUAUAAAAGACUCAAAUCCGAGCACCUUUAUCUGCGGGAAAAACAUGGUCUUACCCCAGAGAAUAUGCUCCCAGAAAAGAGAAAAUUUGCUGAAGUUGAUUCGUUAACAUCAGAAGCAUAUGCUGUUCCUUUCACAACAAUGGAGCACGGAAAAGAGGAGAAUAUCAAACAAGUCGAAUUACAGUCAAAUCCAAGCCCCAAAAAUCCUUCAACUUCUGCUUCUCCUGUUAUUAAAAAAGGUCUUCAUUCAUCAUCUUGGAGAAAUACCCGCUUGCAUCAGCAACGAGAUGGACCCGACCCACAUGAUGAUUUCCUCGACACUCCCUUAGAAAAUAUCCGAGAAAACAUAAAGAAUGGUAUUGGCAAUCCCGAUCCAUCUUUUGAGAAAAAACCCAUAAAGAAUUUAGACAACGACGAAGAACAUGAAAAGAAGCGAGAACCUAUCCCAAAGCCUCCUCUUCCUCAAAAGGAUUUCAAGUUUGUUGAGCCAGUAAGGAAGAAAGCAGAUAGGGAGAAUUUAAAAGGAAUCGAAUGCAAGCAGUGCAAGAAGUUUUACGAUGCUGUACUUAAUGGGGAUGAAAAUAAUAAGCAAGAAUUACGAUGUGAACACCACGAUGGAGUUUCGAGACACAGAUAUAGGUACGCUCCUCCUUUAACUCCUGAAGGAUUUUGGAAUAUUGGAUUUGAUUCUGAAAUUUAAACUAUAUAGGUCAUGAUCAAUAAUGAUAGAAAAAACAUUGUAGGGAAUCUGUUACUUGCUUGGAUUUGCAUCUGCUUCAAUAUUUUUCAUCUUCUCUAAAACUGGUUUUAAUAAGUAAAGAAGCUAAAUAUUGUUUAA